CAAGCGAACGACAAAGAAACAAGGACAAAGAUGGCGUCGCAGCAAUCGCAAUCGCAAUCGCAAUCGCAAUCGCAACCGCAGUCGCUGCAGGAAGACAUCGGAGAGAUCGACGUCGAGAGCCUGCGCCGGAUCUUUGGGUCCGCUUCUUUCGAAGACCUGAACAAGCGCAAGGCCCACGAGCUCCGGGAGCAAUGGAUGGAAUCGGUGCAGCAGGAGAAGGAGCAGCAGCAGCAGGGAGGAGGCGGCCCGUGCGGCGGCUCACCGGGGGUCCCCCCUUCCGCCGCGGGCCUCCCCCGCUUCUUGCUCGACCCGAGGGACGACCGCCACGUGGCCCCGCACGCCCUGGCCCUGAAGCUCCUCCUGGGAAGGGUCCGCCGCAGGGAGGGAGACCACGGGGACGGCCUCUAUCGCAGGGUGGCCACGAGCUGCGGAAACGAAAACGACAGCGAAAGCGAAAGGGACGGCCCAAAGGGCAACUCGGGGGGAAGGGACAGCGGCGGACGCGCAGGAACAAUUGCAGGCACAAUCGCAGGCACAAUCGCAAGCGAUGCCCCCGUGGGUGCCGGGCCGCGGCAACGGCGGGGAAAGCAGAGACGGCGGCGGGGAAACGGAUCGCUCCGGGCAAGAGCCGAUGCAGAUGCAGAUGCAGAUGCAGAUCCCGAGCCAAAGCUCCCUUCCCUCCUCGUGCUCCCCCUGGCGGCGAUCGCUCUGGUUUCCCUGGCCUGCCAGUUCGUCCUSGAGGUCCUCGGGGGGGCCGGGGCCGUCUGGGGGUGUGCCGAGCUGGCGGGACUCCGCGGAASCGGGGCCCCCGAUUCCGGAAGGGCGGCUUCCAGGRCGGCCUCCCUGGUGGUCGGGGCCGUCUGCCUGGCCCGCUUUGUGGUGGUCCGCCUGCUGGUGCCCCUCCGGCCGCCGCAACGGGGGGGAUCCGCCGGUGCCGGGUUCUGGGAGCUGGCCCGGGCCGCGGCGGGGGAUCCGGUGCUCGCUCUGCAUCCCUCGCGGGGGAUGCUCGCGGGCCGCCUCUGUGGGCCCCGGGGGAGGGACACCGGCGGCGACAGCGGCAACGACAGCGGCAACGGAAUCGAGAACAAAAUCGACCACGAAAUCGAGAACAAAAGCGAGAGCCCCGCGGGGUGCCGAAAGCCCCCUUCUUCCCCUCCCGCCCUAGGGGGGGCCGGAGGACCUUCGCCACGGGGCAGCACCUGGGACGCGUCCUCGUCGUCCGACGACGACUACGAAUGCUGUAGCCCGUAACGGCGACAACGGGGCGUUGCACCGCACGAUGCGUUUCUGCGGUGCAUCGUUUUUUUGGAAACAGCAAUCUACCGGAUCCGAUGCCGGUCGGUCGUUGACACUACUACUGCAUGGUUCGGAGCGGCAGACAAGCAUGGCACUGGUAGUAUUACUGCACAGUACGGUACUCUAGUCGCAACACUAGUUCUACUGCCCUUGUGAUCGAGGCGGUGUUGAGCAGGACCAAUGGGAUUGCCAAAGAGAUCAGGAAGCGCGGCACUCGCAGAAGCUUGUGCCGACAACAACAAUGACUUUUCAGCCAAAGGCAACAGAAACCGAUUCUUCCAAUCCUUAGAAUAACGACUACGGGUACGAGUACGAGUACAUCAAGGGGGCAUCUCACAACAAUUUGAAGCUGCAGUACUUGUAGUAGUACCAACACUACUACAAAUCCCAUCCUCAGCGUUUCUCCAUCAAAAACAGAUGAGAGCAACGAGUGGGAGACAGUACAAUCACAAGUAGAUAGUGAAUAACCUCACUCUUUAUUGUAAACACGUAUUCAUACUUCAUACGGCACUGGAGAGCAAUAUACCAUUUCACAGGUUAUACCAUUUCACAACGAGUACUCGUACUACGUAGUUGUACCGUAGAAGGGUAGUAAAGUGACUAGCAACAGCUACCAGUAUGUUAGUAGUGCGUAGUUGUAUGUUAGGUACAUACAACUGAUACUAGGGCAUAAUUUUGGCAUUCCUCGCCAUGCCUGCCACCGUCGCGUUGUCCCCUACGGUACUCGUACCGGUAUAUGAUACUAGGGCAUAAUUUUGGCAUUCCUCGCYAUGCCUGCCACCGUCGCGUUGUCCCCUACGGUAUUCGUACCGGUAUAUGAUACUAGGGCAUAAUUUUGGCAUUCCUCGCCAUGCCUGCCACCACCGUCGCGUUGUCCCCUACGGUAUUCGUACCGGUAUAUUUUCCGGGAACAAACAGGGUUUGUGUCCUUCUUUCUUCGAGAUUUCACACACACAACAAACAAAACACACAAUACACAAUACGCAACACAAUACGCAACACACGGACAACACGAUCCAAUACGCCAAACGUCCUCCCGCACGGAAAGGGAUCCGACCGACAACGCCACACUCUUCGGGAAGACCAGAUCCACGGCAUGCCGGCCGAACCCGACCGAAACACCCAUGCCAACGAGAGCAGCGAGAACAACAACACCAACCACGACGACGGCAGCGGAAACGGCAGCGGCAACGGCAACGACCCACCCCCUGUCCUUCUCCGCGACAUCCUGCCCCCGGAGGUCCCCACCGGCGACCAAGGUUGCGAGCGGGCGGUUUGCGUCCGCCUCUACCUGAUCCGGCACGGGCAGACCGACUGGAACCGUGCCGGCCGGGUCCAGGGCGGGGGCUACGACGUUCCCCUGAACGCCACCGGGAGGCUCCAGGCCAAGCGGGCGGGGAAAGCCCUGGGGGGGAUCCCCCUGGACCUGGUGGYWUCCUCGGGGCUCUCCCGGGCCUCGGAGACCGCGGACCUGGUGGCCCUGGAAGUCCAAGCCCUUGCAAAAAAAAGCGGGAGUGGCAACCACCACAACGGUUGUUCCCCGGCCCGUGUGGUCGACAAGGGCUUCAACGAGAUGCGCUUCGGGGCCCUGGAGGGAAUCAAGGGGACCCGUGGCCGUSCUUGCUCCCGAGGGGGGGAAGACCGGCUCUGGGAGCGGGCAAGGGCCGCAAAGGAAAAGGUCCGGCUGGACCCGGACUGCUGCUUCCCGGCCACCCUUUUCGGCGAAGACGACGCUUGCGGCGACGACGACGACGAAGCGGCGGAAAAGGACAAGUGGAGGGUCCUCGAAGGAACGAGGGAGGGAGAGUCCACGCGGAUGGUCCAGGAGCGAUCCCUGCGGGCCCUGUCCAGGGUCCUUUCCGCCGUCCCGGGCGGGGAAAGACUGGGGGGCACCGACACCACCAAAAAUACCGAGAAGCGCGUCUACCACGUCGCCGUCGUCGGCCACGGCCGGACCAACAAGGUCCUCCUGGCGGCCAUGCUGCACGGGGAGGCCCAGGGGCGCUAUUCGGAAAUCCAGCAGGGGAACGCAUGCAUCUAUGUCCUCGACCUGAGGGAGGACGCCCUCCACAACCAAGGCAAUGGGAACGACACGCGGGGGCUCUGGAAGCCCCUGCUGGUGAACCACACGCAGCACGUGCUCGAGCCGCAGCUUUAGGGAAGAAAAAGGGCAGGGGCCUGCCUCGUUGGACGAACCACCGGAAGCAAAGCAACACCGCACCAAGGCAAUCCUUGGUGAUCCGUGCCGUGCCGUAGACCGCGAACCGCAACAAAAUUCGUUUCGUUUC